UGAUAUGUUGUAUCUUCUUUAACUUGCAGAAUGGCAUUACAAUUGGCAAGCCUGUAGCGCUUUGUAUUGUAACUGUGCACGGACAGAACAAGUACUGUUGUUAUCCUGUAACAUGGGAAUCUGUGAACAUGGUAAAUGUGGGCCAAGUAUCCACUGGAACUAAGAAGGUCGAUUUUACUGAGGGUACAGAAAAGUUAUCAGUAGAUGGAGCCAAUCACAGGAUAGCCUCUUUGUCAACAUUAAACACUGAUGGAUACACAUACAACUUACUGAUAUUACAACUUUAUGAUAAGGGAGUCAUGUACAUAGUUAGGAACGGUCAAUGCCAGAGUUCUGAGUUACAACAAUGGAAUCCUAUCUGCGUACCAGACAGUGCCACUAUUGUAAAACAGACUUAUUACGGCAUGGACAAAAAUAAAGUUGAUGUGGAUAUAUACGCACUACAGGCAGGACCUGAUACAGUUUACCUAACAAUGGCACGUACUGACUGUGUGCCCGUGUAUCAGGCAACGUUUGGUUCACCUGAAGGGGUAUCCGGAUUUUUGUCCACCAAGGCAUACAGGAACAUCAGCACGGGAAUAAAGAAUCCAUCCGUGUUUGAUAUACCUUCAAUUUGCACAAACGCCACCAAAUAUCCUAAGAUGUUGGUACCAAAGUAUGGGUUGUACUAACCACAGACAUUACCAACGAGGACCAAUAUAUCGAACAUUUUUUAAAUUUCAGUUAGUGACUCGUAAAUUCUGCUUAUCUCAUUGGUCAAUAACUGGUCAUAUGGAGGUUCAUAGAAAGUGAUAUUAACUGCAAAAAGUGAUAUCCUUGUAAAUAAAAUUGAACGAGCAACUAUUCCCGCGCUAUACCAAAUUUAGAUCUGUCAAACACAAGCCAAUCAUUUCUGUUUUCUGUAAACGCAAAGUCCAGUCAGCAUCCUCGUGACAUUUCGAUGUAAUUGGGUAUUGACUGUAAACAUUUUUCCUUAUAGACAAUCGAACUGAAAAAUUAACCAUACUGCUCCUUUUUAAGUGUAGUCAUAAAAUAAAAAUACUUGUAUGAUAAUAUUGCUGAAUAUCCAAGUCUGUGGACCUGAUCAAGGUGCUAUUUACCGAAACUUGGAUAUUCACCUCAUUAUCAGACAAUAACUGUUUAGUAUUUGCUCCUGUUUUCAACAAAAUGUGAAUAAAAUUAUCAUGCAGAUGUAAAUAUACGUAAUAAAUAAGUUUUCUUCAAGUACAAA